GAGAAGAAACAUGCCUGAACCGGCCAAGUCCGCCCCGAAGAAGGGAUCCAAGAAAGCCGUGACCAAGACGGCCGGCAAGGGAGGCAAGAAGCGCCGAAAGACCAGGAAGGAGAGCUACGCUAUCUACGUGUACAAGGUGCUGAAGCAGGUCCACCCCGACACCGGCAUCUCCUCCAAGGCGAUGGGCAUCAUGAACUCGUUCGUUAACGACAUCUUCGAGCGCAUCGCCGGUGAGUCGUCCCGUCUGGCUCAUUACAACAAACGCUCCACCAUCACGUCCAGGGAGAUCCAGACCGCCGUGCGUCUGCUUCUUCCCGGCGAGCUGGCCAAGCACGCCGUGUCCGAGGGCACCAAGGCCGUCACCAAGUACACCAGCUCCAAGUAAAAAGUGAUCCGGGCUUCAUCAAACCCAACGGCUCUUUUAAGAGCCACCCACGGUUUCGCUUUAAAAGCUUUUCUCUGAGAAGUAGUAGUAGUAAGUCUUGUUCGCCUUUUCCUGCGCAACUUCUCCAGCGCUCUCUGCCUCUCACACACAUUGUAUGUAUGUAAUAAACUCCAUUUGGUGUAGUUAAAUGUAGUAACACGGUUAACGUGCAGCCUGAUGAGCUCUUUUUUUGAAGGGAAAAAACUUUUUUGCUUUCUCAUGGUGUGUGAGAGAUGGAGAGAACUCAAACUGCAUUAAUAAAAUAAAGGCUAUAGUAAGUUUGAUUUAAUUUUUUGUGCUGUCACAAGUCUCCACGAUGCAGUGCUGAAGGUUUUGUUGCUGACUUUCUCAGGAAGCACAAUUUGAGACGACCCCAGAGAUAAAAAUCAAUAAAAUACAGUAAAACCUG